AUGUCGGCUCCUCUCGGGCGGCGCAGCUCUGACACAAACGUUUCAACCUAUUCAUAUUCAGGCGACUACGCUCGGCCCCAGCGCGAGGCUGGUGCUUGCCACCGCUUGAGGCGGCGCUUGCAGCACCACGCGCAGGCAAUUUGUCUCCUGCUAGCCGCCGUCGCCGUGGCAGAGCGAAUCUUUGCGGUCUCAGCUCACUUUGAACCCGUGUGGACCUUCAUGAGCUUCUCGGGAAGCACGGCAUGCGUGUUCGCCGGCAGCCAGGCGUCGGCCAGUGCAUCACGGACGCACCUUCGCCGCCUCCUCUUCGGCAGCCUAGCUUUCCCUCCGCUGUGCAGCGGGUGCGUCUUUUUCGUUCGCUGGCGAGCCGACGGCGGUGCCGAUGACCUCUUGCGUUUAGUGACCGCCCUCGGGUAUGGUGCUGCAACGCUCCGCAUCCAAGCCACAAAUCGCAUCUGGGGCGUCAAGGAGGUUGAUAGCGUCCGAUUGUGGCGUGUGAUGCGACGGGUGAUUCUCGCACGAUGCAUUGCUUUUGCGUGGGGGACCGUCGCCCUCUACCUCUUGCAGACUAUUGCGCCGGAAGCGUGCAGAUCACUUGAAACGUAUGUUCCAAGAGAUUUGUCGCUUCCCGCCGCGCUCAGUGCUCUCCUCGGCACUGCCACUGCCUAUGCCGCUGCGACUGAGGGCACCCGGCGGCGCGUGUUGCGGCUGUGGCAGGUGCCGCUCUCCUCCCUCCUCCCACAGGACCUCGGCGAGCUUGCGCCGCUCCUCGAGCUCGACCGGAGGCGCCGGCAGUUUUCGAAAGCCUUCGUGGGCGGCGGGUCCGCUGUGGCCGGCGCAGACGCCACGACUCCCGCAGGGUUGCGGCGUACCACGGCAACGCGCGCACCGUUGCGCCGGCGCGGCGAGGGUUCGCUUCGCGAUCCCCUCAACACAUCUGUUUAG